CGCAUGUCCUCAAACGUCAGUGAGUCUCCAGCUGUGGAUUAUUGCCAGUUUAUUUUGUGUCUUGUGUAAGAGAAGGUCUGAUUGCGGAUCUGAGACACACAUGCCUUCAGCUGGAGUCACAGUUCAACACGCGCGCGCGCGCUUCAGCUGCCUUUCGCUUCUGACGGACUGUCAGUCACACGGAAUCGCCGUACCUGUGCCUUCAAUCCCACACGGACUUAUUAUGAAAAGCCGUAAAACAUUCAACAGAAGAUUUCGCCAUGAGUGAGGAGACUGUAGUGUGGGCGUAGCUGUUCAGUGGAGCAAGAAGCAAGAUAUCACAAGCACAGCUUCCACACUCCCACAAAGUAGACGAUGGGCGAAGCUGAAGAUGAGAAGAACCAGGCAGGACGGCUCUUUGAGAACUUUGUUCAGGCCACUGACUGUAAAAGCACGCUACAGGCCUUCAAUAUUAUGUGCAGUUACCUGGAGCUUGACCCUCUGGAGCACAGCACCUUCUACAGCAGUCUGAAGAGCAUGAUGACGUGCUGGAAAGCCAAAGCCCUUUGGAGCAAGCUGGACAAGAGAGCCAGCCACAAAGAGUACAAGAAAGGCAAAGCCUGUGAGGGCAUUAAGUGCUUGAUAAUUGGAGGGGGCCCCUGCGGCUUGCGGACUGCCAUCGAGUUAGCUCUCCUCGGAGCCAAAGUGGUGGUGAUAGAGAAAAGAGAUACAUUCUCCAGGAACAACGUCCUGCAUCUUUGGCCCUACACCAUUCAUGACCUCAGGGGCUUAGGAGCCAAGAAAUUCUAUGGAAAGUUCUGUGCUGGAGCGAUAGACCACAUCAGCAUCCGGCAGCUCCAGCUCAUGCUCCUGAAGAUCGCUCUGCUUCUCGGUGUGGAGUUUCACGUUAAUGUGGAGUUCGUCAAGCUGGUGGAGCCUCCAGAGGACCAGGAGAAUGAGGGGCCGGGCUGGAGGGCAGAGAUCCGGCCUGCGGAUCACCCUGUGGCCGACUUCGACUUUGAUGUGGUGGUGGGAGCUGAUGGGAGACGAAACUCUUUAGAAGGGUUCAGGAGGAAGGAAUUUCGUGGCAAACUGGCCAUCGCCAUAACGGCAAACUUCAUCAACAGAAACACCACCGCAGAGGCGAAGGUUGAGGAGAUAAGUGGAGUUGCCUUCAUCUUCAACCAGAAAUUCUUUCAGGAUCUCAAACAGGAAACCGGGAUUGAUCUAGAGAACAUCGUAUACUACAAAGACAACACACACUACUUUGUCAUGACAGCUAAGAAGCAGAGUCUGCUGGACAAGGGUGUCAUCGUUCAUGAUUAUAUCGACACUGAGGCACUGCUGAACAGUGAGAAUGUGAAUCAAGAGGCUUUGCUGACGUAUGCACGAGAGGCAGCCGACUACGCCACUCACUACCAGCUGCCCACACUGGACUACGCCAUGAACCACUGCAGUCAGCCUGAUGUGGCCAUGUUCGACUUCACCAGCAUGUACGCCUCAGAAAAUGCCGCUCUGGUCAGGGAGAGGUUUGGUCAUAGUGUACUGGUGGCACUAGUGGGAGACAGCCUUCUGGAGCCCUUCUGGCCUAUGGGGACAGGCUGUGCCCGAGGCUUCCUGGCAGCCUUUGACACGGCUUGGAUGGUAAAAAGUUGGGCGCAGGGUAGAAAUCCACUGGAGGUGCUGGCAGAGAGGGAGAGUCUGUACCGAUUGCUACCUCAGACAACACCUGAAAACAUUGCCAAAAACUUUGAUUUGUACACCAUAGAUCCAGGAACACGCUAUCCAAACCUUAAUUCAAACUGUGUGAGGCCACACCAGGUCCGCAACAACUAUAUCUGUGGAGAGAUGAAGUCGUGCUCUCUGGAACGGGCCGCCACGAUACGCCGCCCUGUCAACUUGGCCAGGCGAGAGUCUGAGAUCAGACCGAGUCGGUUACUGACGUGGUGUCAGAAGCAGACAGAGGGCUACAAGGGUGUGAGUGUGACUGACCUCACUUCCUGUUGGAGCAGUGGCCUGGCUUUCUGUGCUCUUAUUCAUCACUUCAGACCGCAGCUCAUCGAUUAUGACUCUCUGAAUGAGCAAGACUGUGCCAAAAACCUUCAGCUGGCAUUUGACGUGGCCGAGAAGGAGUUUGGCAUCAAGCCGUUCAUCACAGGGAAAGAGCUGGCGUCAGGACCGGAGCCGGACAAGACCAGCAUGGGCAUCUACCUCUCCAAAUUCUAUGAGCUUUUCCGGGGAACGCCUCUACCUCCUUCAGAUUCAAAGCGAGAUGGUGAUGCAAAUAAUGAAAAAUGUUCAUCAGGUUCUCCCAGACCUGCUUACAAGUCCCUGAGUUCACUUCAGCCUCGUAAACGCAUACCAAAGACUGAUAAAAAGUUUGAAGACAACGAUGCAAUAUACAAGAGAAGACGGAAAAUUAGUUACUUAGAAGAGACAGCCAAACCCUUCAAUCAGAGUUCUGCUGUAUCCAGUGAGGGACGGGAAAUGAAGGAAAACAAGGUCAAGUUUAUGGCCACUCAACUUCUAGCAAAAUUUGAGGACAGCACAGCGAGCUGUUCCAUACGCAGGCAGUCUGACUGUAAUGGUGAGAGGCCUCCAAGACCUCCAUCGCUUGAUAUGACUGAUAGUCCCCUCUUUAACAUUAUCAGGAAGAAAGUUCCUCCACCCCCACCCCCUAAAAAACAGUCUGACUGUAACAGUGAGAGGCCCCCGAGACUUCCAUCGCUUGAUAUGACUGAUAGCUCCCUCUUUAACAUUAUCAGGAAGAAAGUUCCUCCACCUCCUAUAAAACAGUUUCCACCCUCGGCUCCUCUCUUCCCCUCGCUUCAUUCCAGUCCUCUGAAUCCACAGAGGAAACCACUUCACCCGACUCACACGCACACUCACACACAAUCGGAGGCAGAGAACACAGCCGGCUCAGGCUCAGGAAAUGCACCCACCUGCCACUCAGCAGUGCUGGCCAUGAGAGCAAUGCUCCAGCGCCUCCAGAAGGUGGAAGAUGAGAUUAGCCAGAGGAAAGCCCAGACUCAAAAGGCCAGGGAGUUUCAUAAAAAAAGCAUAAAGGAGAAGGCUGUGCAUUUGAGCUCUCUGUUCUCUGGCGAGGCCUCCUCUCUGCAUCAGACUGAUAGAUCUCAGACUGGGGAGCUAGACAUGCAGCUUUGUGAAGAGAAGAGAGAAUCAGCGAGAAGCUCACAGCCUUGCUCUUCUUCUCUCCAUUUCCCUCAUUCCAUCCCGCUGACCACCCUUUCAUGCCCUCUCCCACAAUGCACUGCUACUUCCUGUCCUCGUCCUCUCAUUUCCUCCCAUCCCUCUCUGCUGUUGCAGCAGAUGUCUAGACCCAAACCGUUACACGUGCAGCAUUUUAAACAGGAGAUACAGGGAGAAACAGUGAGUCCGUCCCAUCUGUUAAGCAGUCGCAGAACGUCUGAUUUUAGCAAUAAGAACGAAAAAGAGACCUCCCAGUCAAAGGAAAACAGAAACUUUAAAGUCCACAAUAAGACCAGUUCUUCCGCUGUCCAUCCUCAUCAUUCUAACUCCAUAAUAUUUCACCCCAUCCCAGAAUGCUCUGCUCCUCUCCAUCUUUCCUUUACAUUCUCCUCUGCUUUCACAAUAAGCUGUAAAUCAAAACCAGAAAUACUUUAUGGCAUAAACAUGCAAGGAGAAGCAAAGAAUAACUCACAAAUGUCUGUCACCAGUAAGAAAACAACUGUAAGAAAACAAACAGACAUUCCUCAAUCAAAUGGAGACUCAUAUGCUCCCAAACAGCGCACAGUAGGCAAAGUGUCUCUGGUAGUGGGCGCUAGAGCUGACACUCUGGUUUCCCUCUAUGAGAAUGAUCAUAGGCCUGAUGCAAGCAGCUCAGGCACUCCGCCUUCCUUGAAAAGAGAAUUUCCUCAGAGUCUGGGUGAUGUGUGUCAUGCGUGUAAGAAGCGGGUGUUCGUAGUGGAGAGGCUCAGUGCAGAGGGAUUCCACUUCCACAGGGAAUGUUUCCGAUGCGAUACCUGCAGAGCUCCGCUGCGCCAGGGAGGACAUUCCUUCGAUUCGGUGGAAGGAAAGUUGUACUGCAAACUUCAUUUUGCUCAACGGAAAUCCUCAGUGACGAAUGGGAGAUCACAAAAUCUACAUACGACAUGUAAUAACGAAUCCCACGACAGCUCUAGCUGGAGUCCCGAGGGACGUGAGAAUCACCUUCAGGCCGAGUCUCCAGGUAUCCUGUCCUCUCUGAAGAAAUGCCUGCGUUGGCCGCUGCACGUGAGCCAGUCUGUGUGUUCUGUGCCCCGUCGUGUGUUUAACUGGCUGCAUGGUAAAGUGUGGGCCGCGGGCGUCCACCUGACGGAUAACGCGGGAGAUUACGCCUUCCUGUACGAGCUGCUCAGCGUGAGUCUGCCUCUGCUCGCGGUUCUCCACGAACAGCUUGUCCAGAUGUAUGCAGAGGCCGAACCUCUCAAUCUUCAGCCUCUACAGCACUGGCUGGAAGAGCACAUGGGCCACUGGGUCUUAGUGUGAGAGAAACGUCAUCAGGCCACAUUGUGUCCCAUUAAAAGGGUUAUUAUGUGGACAUUUGAACUGAAAAACACAUAGAACAACCUUGAGAUAGUUUUCAAGAACAAAACAGUCUGAACUUGAGAUGUUGGCACAUGAACCUUCAUUUCCUACUUAUUCAGAGGAUAGAAAUUAAACAGCUUGGUUUGGAGUGUAUGCAAAUGACCAAAAAACGAUUUUCUCAAUUACAAAGGUCUGAGUAAAGAGAAAAAAAGUGUCGAACACGGAGUGAACUUUAAGCACUUUAAUGAGUGAGCUGCCUUCAUUUGCACGAUUAAGAGAGAUGUUUUGCUUUUAAUUAUUAAUGGACGUUCUUUGCAAGUUUACAAAACCUGACUGAUCAAGCUGCAAACACGUCUCGUCCGAUCGGUUAACCAUUCACAAACAUCACAUUCUUCUCGCAUGUUUACACUUCUUAUGAAAUCAUACAGCUAAAGGAAUGCCCGGGUUCAACGCAAGCUAAUCUUUUGACAGCAUCUGUGAAAUGUUGUCGAUUACCAGUGAAAAUAACUGCGACUCAUUCUUCAGAUUGUAGAAACAAACAAGUAUUACAAAGGAAGUCUAUGGGACAAGACAUUCCAGAGGGUUUAAAGCAGAAAUAUGCACCUUAUAUUUUAAUCAAAGCAAUUCUUCAUAACAAACAUGUUUUUGAUCUGUAACAUUUUUGAAAAUGUUUAAGUGGUUUUAGCACAAUAGGCCAUAUUAACACAAUGUGUUGUCUUGUGGCUGUACUUUCAAAACAAUUUAAUAAUUUUGUAUUUUAAAGUCCCCCCCCCCAUGUAAUGUCUUGUUCUAUAUAGUUCCACUAAAUGCAUUACUGUAAAUAUAUUUGUUUGUUUUUACAAUACUUAUCUCUGUUAAUCAGUAUUUCUCAUAUGUUGUCCAUAGAGUUUAACUUUAAGUUUUAAAGACUGUCUUUGCUCAUACACGCUGUGUGAAUGUAACCAGGUAAGCAUCAAUAUGAACAUUUUAAUGGAUAGCAUGAUUAUUUAUUAGUGCUGUCAAAUUGAUUAAUAGCGAUUAAUCGCAUCUAACAUAAACGUUUGUGUUUACAUAAUAUGUGUGUGUGUGUGUAUAUAAUAUUUACAUACAUUUUAUAUAUAAAACAUGGGCGUAGUGUCCGUGACGUCACCCGUAGGUUUCUGAAGAGCAUUUUUGAAGCCCAAAAGUGGGCGGAACUGGCCGUCGCUAUCUCGGCACGCCCAGAUAACCGAAAAUGGGCAAAGAGGCGGGAUGUGGGUGGAGCUGAGGUGCCUGGAUUCAGAAACCACGCCCACCUAGCUCAACAUGACCAAGUUAGCUCAAGCUAAGAAGUUAUCUAUCGAUCUAUCUUUAGAUACUAUCUAAAAUACUAAUAAAGAUAACAAAUUAUACAUCAUUUGAAAGUUAUAAGGGUUUACUGUCAGUCUACAGUGUCUGUUUUACAAUAUAGAUGCAAUAUUAAUAUUACAAUUUGUGUUGGAGAAUCAAAACGGGACUUCAUGCAUUUUUAAUGAAAUAGUGAUUGCAAGAUGAAUCCGAUCCAUCGCACUUGGGUAAAAUAUUCAUGAGUGUCCAUUGAAAAACAUCCAACAGCACUUUUUGUCUACAAAACCAUUAAAUCCAUGAAACAUUGAUAUAUUGUCCAUGUUUUGCAUCAUAUUUCUUCUGAACGAUCUGCUCUCUAUUAUCGUUCUUUAAGAAAUCAUGCAAUCUGAGCAGCGUUUAUGUUGUAAAACUGUACAUGAUCGUAUACAUGCGUCCAAAGUAUAUUUUUCAAAAUAGUGCAGCAGUUUUAGUUAUAAUAUCCAAGCAGUGCUGUUGGAUUUUGUGGUGUUUUGAGAGGCAUCCAUUGUCAUUGUAGUAAAUCUGACGGACAAAACUUUUAGCCAAUGCCAAGAUGAUCAAACAGCGUGUUUUCUGUUUAUCUUUCGAUGCCAUGUUCAGAGGCUGGAAUUAGCUGAGGUGACCUGACGCUAGACAGCUGACAAAAGGCUAGUAGUGACAGCAGCGGAAAUCCACCUGUCACUCAAGUGGCCACGCCCUUAAUUAUGCAGAAUCUAAGGCUUAAUAUCAUUUAAACAGAUGAGUUAUACACAGUUGUCAUGAAGGGCUAAAUUAUCUAUAUAGACCAAAGCCACUUUUUGUACCAGGCUGUAAACAUAUUUUUUUCUGCUGUAAAGUUGGGCAUUUUAACAUGGGGGUCUAUGGGAUUGACUCCCUUUUGGAGCCUGUCUCUAGCGGCCAGUCAAUGAACUGCAGUUUAAGUCACUUCCAUGUUGGCUUCAAGAGAGAGAACGCUAGAUAUAUACACACACACACACAUUAUAUAUAUACACUACCGUUCAAAACUUUGGGGUCAGUACGAUUUUUUAAUGUUUUAAAAGAAGUAUCUUCUGCUCACCAAG